AUGGUCAACAUUCCCAAGACGCGCAAGACUUACUGCGCUAAGGAGAACAAGCACACCCUCCACAAGGUCACCCAGUACAAGGCUGGAAAGGCUUCCCCGUUCGCCCAGGGAAAGCGAAGAUAUGACCGCAAGCAAUCCGGUUACGGUGGUCAGACAAAGCCCGUGUUCCAUAAGAAGGCCAAGACAACGAAGAAGGUGGUCCUGAGACUAGAGUGCGCUACCUGCAAGGCGAAGAAGCAGCUGCCGCUGAAGCGAUGCAAGCACUUCGAGCUUGGUGGUGACAAGAAGACCAAGGGUGCUGCUCUUGUGUUCUAG